GCGGGGCGCCCGCCGGGCCCUCCCACCUCACCCGAGCCGAGUGAAGUCGAGCGGAGCCGAGUGAGGCUGAGCAGUGCUGAGCCAAGCGGCACCAUGUUGGGCAUGAUCAAGAACUCCCUGCUGAGUACGGUGGAGGCAUGGCCCUACCGGGUGCUGAGCAAAGGGGAGAAGGAGCAGCUCAGCUACGAGGAGAGGGCAUGCGAGGGCGGGCGCUUCGCCGUGGUGGAAGUGGCAGGGAAGCCGUUUGACGAAGCCUCGAAGGAAGGGGUGCUCAAGCUCCUCAAGUAUGUCGGAGGAACCAACGACAAGGGGGUUGGAAUGGGCAUGACUGCUCCUGUCUCCAUCACUGCUUUUCCUGCUGAAGAUGGCUCCUUACAGCAGAAAGUGAAGGUCUCUCUGUGGAUCCCAAACCAGUUUCAAGCCAACCCUCCUUGUCCUAGCGAUGAAAGCAUUAAGAUUGAAGAGAAACAGGGGAUGACCGUUUAUUCCACGCAGUUUGGUGGCUAUGCCAAAGAAGUGGAUUACGUGAACUAUGCUGCCAAGCUGAAGUCUGCUCUGGGGAGUGAAGCUGAAUACCGCAAGGAUUUCUACUUCUGCAAUGGUUAUGACCCCCCUAUGAAGCCUUAUGGGCGACGCAAUGAGGUCUGGUUUGUGAAAGAGUGAGCACCUGGCUCCCAGUGGUGCUGGCUUGCACUGAUAACCUCCCCAUGCUAUGUCCCUGUCCUCUUUAAAAUAAACUAACAAUUUGGCAGAGGCAGAAGACCAUCCUUUCCUCCUUCCACACCUAUGCCUUAGUCUUUUAUGGACCAACCAUUUUAGAAGAACACUGCAGAGCCACUUGGUGAUCCUGCUCCUUCCUUCCGGACAAAGUCCUCAACGACGCAGCCUCUCAUGAUCUCUCGGUGGCUUGCUUUUAUCUCCCUCAUGCUCCCAGAGUUCAAUGCUGAGACAGCCAAAAGUACUUAAUUAGCAAGAACAUGACAGAAGUGCGUACAGGGACUUUGUUAUCUUCUUGAGCUUGCUGCAGCUGUAAAACACUGCUUUUAUCUGUGCCAUUCCAAAAGCAGUCUAAAGGGACAUGGGCAUUGCUACCAACACAGCACAGUGAAAAUAAACAUCCUUUACAUUGUCUCAUAGUGUGCAGGAGAGCAAUGCUUCUGUCAUCUGACAGAGAAAUGUCAUUCAGAGGAAGAUCCAGGUUUCUGUUUGUAGCUGUCCUUCUAUUUGAGGUGAGACAUUCUGGGGUGGGUUAUGUCCUGAUCUCAGCUAGCAGCUAGGGAACAUGAUGUGGAGACCCCAAGAUCAUUUUCUCACCUUCCUGUUAACUUGUGUGUAGUAUUUCUUUAAAACUAGCCUACACAAGGGCCAAAGCCGAAACGUGUGUGGUAAUGUAAUUGAAUUAGAAAAAUACAGGCUGCAAAAAAAGCAAGUGCCUGUUACUGGAGAUCUGAGGGUGCAUUUGAAGAAUGGAGAGAAUCUCGUGGACUUACUGUGGGUGCAGAUCUGGGAAAAAAAAAUAAAAAUAUCUUAAAUGGUGUUACUUUCUGAAGGGCUGCUUCAGGAGGAAAACCUGGCUAUUCUUGAAAACAGGGAUUUACGUCAAAUAAUAGGCUUUCGGAAACUUCAAAUACAAUAGUAAGGGCAGGUCUUGUGUUAAGAAGACCAUCAGAGUUUAACUGUUAGGUGUCAAACCAGCAUUUUAGUUGCUGGCUCUGCCAGGGAGGCAGCAGGAUGCCUGCAGCGGGGACAUGCUCACACACCAUGCUACUGUGGGUGCCUGUAUAAUUCAUUACCCUCACUGAAAGAGGUGUGCCUCUGAUGCUGAAGUGCGUCAAAGUUCAGGCACUUUCCAAAAGCCAUUUUUCCCCUGGAGCUGGAAGAGAGAUUUGUCAGAUGGCUUCCCAGGUUCUGGCCAGUCAAGCUUGACAUGCGCCUGCUUUCCGAGAACAAAUCUCAGCGGUAAAAGGAGAAAACCUGAGAUUUUGGUGUGCUUUCUUUUUCUCUCUUGCUGACCCAUGUAAGAGCUUUUCUGUGGACCUCAUGAGAGUUGCCUGUGUGCAAAAGCAGCUAGUCAGGAUGGGUAAAAAGAGCAAAUACAAUUUAAUUAAAAAAAAGGGGAAGCGCCAUUGGCUGCAGUUAGUGAUUACAGUGCAGGGGAGUAGGAAUCGAAAGGGAAAUCAAGGUGAACAAAGAGUUAGGCUUUUGAAAGAGUUGGGGUUUUUUUAAGGAGCAAAGGCCCUUCUAAGGCCAUCCCUGAAUCCAAAGGGACCUAUUCAUGCCCCAGAUUAUUUUUACCUUUGUAGGUGAGGAAUGGAGGGAUACAGUGCUGCCCAUGUUAACUCAUUCCUGAGUUCAUUUUGGAACUUGUGUAUAGACUGUGGAUACAGUUCUUUCUGUCAACUGAUGAUUAAUGUCCUCCAAUGAUCAAAAUCCUGAAAUUUCUCAAAAUUUCUCCUGUGAAAUCUCAGAUAUUAGGAAGACCAAUAAAUAAACCUGGUAUGAAGAGAGCUGCACAUCUCAGCAGCAUGUUUUUGGUGGGGUUUUUUUUCAUAACAUGCAUACACUCUUUCUGAACAGAGAACAAGAGCUUCUGACCCCACAGUGAGAGUAAUUGCAUCUGUAGGUUCCACCUGUGCUGCUGGCAGGCAGCUAAAACAACCACACAGCUGUUUGCUCACUCUCCCUGCCCCAGUGCGAUGAGGGAGUGAAUUGAAAAUGGAAAAAAAAAAGUAAAACUCUUGCGUUGAGAUAAUACAGUUUAAUAAGACAGAAAAGGAAGAUGAUGAUGAUAACAUACAAAACAAGUGAUGCACAGCACAAUUUCUCACUACCUGCAGCUGAUGCUCAGCUAGUUUCUGAGCUACCCUGCCUCCCAGCCCACCCCCCAGUUACAUACAGAGCAUGAUGUCAUAUGGUAUGGGAUAUCCCUUUGGCCAGCCUGGGUCAGCUGUCCUGGCUGUGUCCCCUCCCAGCUUCUUGGGCACCCCCACCUUCUUGGUAGGUCAGUAUGAAAUGCUGAAAAGUCCUUGACUGCUUGGCAACAACUAAAACCAUCAGCAUGUUAUCAGUGUUCUUCUCAUCCGAAAUCCAAACCAGAGCACUAAACAGCUGCUAAGAAAAAAAAUUAUCCCUGCCGAAAACUAGGACACCCUGCUACUGGUCUUUUGCAUGCAGUAGGCAGGGUAUAGUUUCAUAGACAGUGUUAACUGAUAUCAAAAGCUUAUGCAAACUGAAUUACCUUUUCUUCACAAGCAAAGAUGCCUGUGUUAUGUCUGCAUUUUCUAGAGUUUUUAAAUAAAUAAAAUAUAAUGUUGUGAUGUACAA